AUGCUGGUCCCGGCGCCCUAUGAAGCGCCAGAGAAAAAGGUCCGGGAGAAGGGCAAGGAAGCCAAAGAUGGCUUCCGUUGCAAAGGUACUUCAGAUGGGGUGUCCAGAGAGAACGAAACCCAUUCCUCCGAGGAGGAUGAAGACGAGGAGGAGGAAGAGGAAAACGAGGAGGACGAGGCCGACCGCACCCUUUCCCCGAAGGGGAAGAAGAAAAAGAAGAGGGCGGCCUCCGAAGAACCGGAGGCGGAGGCUUCACUGUUAGCGGCGACCGCCCAGGCCGCUAAGGUAUCCGAACUGAAGCGUCAGCUGGGACUGGCCGAUGAGAAUCUCGUCCGCAUCAAUAAGGGUUUUGAUGAGGCGCAGGGUAGCGCAGCUGCGGUUGAGGCCCUUAGGGGUGAACUUGCUCAGGCCCAGGAGCAGGCAAGGGUGAACAAGGUGGCCGCUGAGAAAGUGGCCGAGGACUUGAAGUCCGAACAGGUUAUCCGCUGCCAGUAUGAGGAGCGGAUAGCCGAAGUAGAGAAGGCGCUCAAGGAUGCUUCCGACAAGUAUAAGUCUCUAGAGGAGAAGAGUAAAGCCCACGAGACCGGCCUCGCCGAGGCCCUUAAAGAGGCCGAGGAGGCGCGGACCGAAUCCCAAGCGGCGCGUGAGGAGAUAAAGCAGGCCAGACAAGUAGCGGCUGAUGUCCUUGUGGAUCUUCCGGAGAGCGCUGCUGACGCGGCGCGGUUCUUCCAAGCCCAGGAGGGGCAUGCGAUGGAGAAACAAUUCUGGAGCCAGUUCGUGGCACGGGAGUGCCCCGCACUACUGAAUGACCAGAUGUCGCAGUGGGCCGAGCUGCAUAGGAUGUCCGACGCAGCUAUGAGGGACGUCAUAGUCCGGCUGUGGCCGACUGAACCCGUUCCUAGCAGCUAUUUUGGCCUAGUGCGGCGACUUGUUGACGCCCUGCCCCGUAUUAACGCGGUUAAGCGUUCGUCGUGUAUAGAAGGUGCGCGACUGGCUUUUGCCCAUGUCAAGAUGCACUCGGCCAAAAUGAAGGCUGCAAGCGUGGCCGUUGAAGGUCCGCCCAGGGACAAGGUCCACCGUACGCCUGAGCGCUAUUUUGAGGACGUCCUGGAAGGCGCCCGCUUAAUAGAGGGACAGUGCUCAAAGGACAUCUUGUUCGAAUGA